AUGAAGACUUCCUUUGCUGCCCUUGCUAUCGCUCUCUCUGGCUCUGCCAUGGGUGCUCCGUUCUCCAACAGCACCCGCAUUGCGUCGAGCUCGUCCCCUGUGUCGACUCCUGCUCAUCUGUCGACCGACCCCCCUUUGCCCAAUCCCUUCACUUCCAGUGGCAGGGCGUCUUCGUCCUCUGCUGCCCCAUCUUCGGAGUCUGUGCCCUUCUCCUGGGGGGCCCUACCCAGUGGAAGUGCCGGAAAGCGUGGGGAGGCCCUCUCCAUCCCCACGGACCUUCCGUCCCUGGUAGCCGACGCGCAGUCGGCUGCCGCGGCCCUCGCAUCUGCUGGCGCUGGCGCCCACAAGCGGGGUGAAGCACUCUCUAUUCCCACCGAUCUACCCUCACUGGUGUCCGAUGCUUCGUCCGCCGCAGCUGCUUUGGCUUCGGGCGGUGCCCAGAAGCGAGGAGACGCUCUGUCUCUGCCCACCGAUUUGCCCUCGCUGGUUUCUGACGCGGAGUCUGCGGUCGCUGCAUUGGCUUCGGGCGGUGCACAGAAGCGGGAUGGCUCUCUCUCCAUCCCCACGGAUAUUCCUUCUCUUCUGUCGGGUGCCCAGUCUGUCGGCGCUGUUCUUGCCUCUGCUGGUGGACAAAAGCGGGCUGAGCAGACUAUCCCUAUCCUGACACCCACUGGUCUGCCUACGCCUUCGAGCACCCUUUCAACCCGCGCCGCCUUCUCCUCGGCUAAGUCUUCCUCUGGUGCCAUCUCUUCCGCUGUCACGCCUUCUUCCACUGCAGCUCCUCCCUCUGGUGGGACUCCCUCUACUCCUGCUUCGAGCCACCCUCUUCCCACUGCCACCGGUGGUCUCCUCUCUGGCCUUCUGGGCUAA